AUGCGUCCGAACGCGCUGUUUGAGGGCAGCAGCAGGCCGCGAAAGCACUCGACUUCCAUUGACCGCAACAGUACACCCUCAGGUCCAACCACUUUCUUCCUCACUUCCGAAUCCGACCUGGACCGACGAGCUUCCAAUGUAUCCACAUCACCAGACUCAACGCGUCUCCGAACGACCAGAGAUAGUGCAACGGCCAGUUCGAGCAAGGCAUCUCCAAACAGAACGAAGUAUCCUCAGCGGGAUGGAAGUCGUAGACGAUCGACGAUAAGGCCAAAGAGUAUCGAAGAACUGCGUCAAGAAGCAUCUCGUCACCAGUCUUUGCUCCCACAACCAGCAUCCGGCGUAUUGACGCCUGCGCAGCCCUCAUCCCAAGAACCGUCCCUUCCAAGCAGUCCCAAGUCAAUGUCUACACGAUCUAUUGCAAAGUCGGAUGAGGAUCUGACUCCAGAUGAAAGCAGUAGUCAGGCUGUUGAGUCGGAGGAAGAAGAUGAAUCCGAGUCGCUCGAUCAUCCGAUCGAGAAUAGUGCUCCCCAGCUAAUCAUGCCCUCGAUAAGAAUGCCCAGUCGCAGACCAUUCACUGAACGUGGCAAGCAGAUGGGGAAGUUCAAGAUCAUGGUAGCUGGUUCGAGAGGUUCUGGCAAAACUUCCCUUAUCAAAUCUAUAGUCCAGCUCUGCGAAGAUAUCGUACAUGUUGAUCCUUUCACCAGCAGUUCCAUUUCCAGAUCGACGUUGCACGGCAGAAGUACCGCGAACGCCUUCCACGAAACAUAUGCGAGCACAAGGCCUUAUCCAAGCUGGUGGUCUGAUAUGGACGAGAGUCGCGUACUGAGGAGGCGAAAGAGCAUGGGCGAUUUUGUUCUUGAGCGUAAUCUCUGCUUCGUCGACUCUUCUCAUACUAGAUCGCCGGCUUUCGCUACAAGCUACAUUGAGCAGCAGUUGAUCAAGACCAUCACUUAUGCCAAUCAGGCUACCACAGAACUGACCACUUUGAUGAGCGGUUCUGGCGGUUCUCAGGUCGAUCUUGUCAUGUAUCUUGUGUCUCACACAACGAUAAAAGACGAUGUUCAACAAAUCAAUCAGCUUAUGCAGAUCACUAACGUUAUCCCUUUUAUCAGCAAAUCGGAUCUCCUCACACUUGCUCAAAUUGACGACAUCAAAGCUGCUGUACAAGGCGACAACUGUUCCGUACCACGCCUUCCUAUCACCUUCGGGACGCACUUAGUUGAAGCCAUGGCCACCGCACCAUAUUCGAUCUCCUGUGUCAACGGCCCAGAUUAUGAUAAUAUGGACGCGUCCUUGCUUAUGGCAUCAGAAUAUAUUCAACCACUUGUUCCCUCCGAGUUAUCGUUGCUUGUUGAUCAAAUACUUCAGCCCGAAAACGUUGCAUACCUCCGUCACCUGUCGGCUAAAAAGCUAGUUUCGUGGUAUAGUUCUGGUCAACGGUUCGAGGGUAGCAUAAGAACAUCAUCUCCGGCCUCGACACGAGUGCGAAGUCCAAUACCAAGCACUCUGAACUCACCAUUACAAGCCUCAUUGUCGGCGUCUGGAGUUCUCGUACCCAUCAUAUCGCAUUCAGAUUUGUCCUUCAACACAGCCAAUUCCUUCGCGCUGGCCAAGGUGGCAGACCACGCCCAGAAAGAAGAACGAUUGGCACAGAUCAGGUUGAGCAAAUGGGCCAGUGAUCUACAGCUUAGCUUGCAACGAGAAAGAGAGAAGUACGAAAAAAUCGCACGCUCGGAACGUGCUCUCUGGCUCGUCGAACGUAUGGGUGAGGAGAUCCGAGAGGGUCAACUCGUGCCUGUGGGUGGGCUUGAUAUCGAAGAGGGUGAAGCCGAAAAUGCGAAGUUGACCUCUAAAUCCAAGAGGAGAUUGUACAAAGACGGUGGUAUAGCAUAUCAAGUGCACGAUCCUCUUGGUUUGUUGCGAUGGCAGGACAUGGUCAGAGCACAAACAUGGCUAGCACUGCAGAUAGUCGGCUCAUUCGGUGUCGUUGGCGGCUUAGCACUAUUCGUCACAAAAACGUGGGGUUACGAAACGAGCUUCCACCAGUGGGCACGCGAAAUCGGCCUUUGGCAGGAUUAA